UAUAUUAGAUCCUGGGAACUUAAAUUGGACGUGAAUCCCCGAGGCGUUUAAGUUUAGAAACUCUGAGCGAAAGAAAUGGGCUAGAAUCCCUAGCUCUUUCAAGUUAAGAGAUCGGAAACUUAAGUUCUGCAUUAGCUGGAAAAUGAAAAAUGCCUACAGAUUUGCGAAUUGCAACUAAAACUAAAUGAUCAAGGAUUUAGAAUUAGGGCAUUGGCAUUCAUUGGAUGGGAUUUGAAAUUAAAUUCCUGGGUAUUUCUGUUUAAGAAUUUUUCAUUUGUCUGUGUGUAUAGUAUCUAAGGAAGAGCAUUCAGCAAACCAUGCGAAGCUUUAUCACCUUUUUUUAGGAAACAGAAAAAUCUUAAAAAUUAACCGCAGAACUAAUUGCUAUUAAGUGUUUAUCUUAUCAGCAUUUUAAACCUCUUAUACCUAUUGAGUUUGCGAGCCUGGGAUACCCAGGUUAGCAGCCUACGGCCUACGCCUGUCGAUCCUCCGCCAUUUCAGAACAAUGUUCCGACUCGACCCCAAAACGAUUCAAGGCAAGAUUCUGAAUUUGAUUUAACCACCUUGUUCUAGGUCUGCCCUGUCCUGAGAUCGAGGCGUCCUCACAAAUAGAAUGGUGGCUUACAUAGCUUAACUGGAAAACCGUUAUUAAGAGGUACAGUUCAAAAUUUGAUUUUUUGCUGCAAACUUCACACCGAUGAAUGUCAAAACAAAAAAAAAGAAAAAAGAGUGUUGUCAAAACAAAGCGCGUGGAUUCCACUAAAAAACGUGUAAAAAUAGCGUUUUUAUCGUGAAAUUUAAUUAAAAAUGAAGAAAAAGACUUUAAAUUAUAUUCAUUUUACUAAAAGUGAGCUUGACUCCUACACACGUGAUAAGAAUAGCUGUGUAGAACGUGUGAACAAUUCAAUGCACAUCAGCUUCCCGCCUUGGGGAAUGGAUCAAUUCAAGGAUACCCUUCUUAAUUCCGUAGCAGCCAAGAAGAUUGGAUUAUUUGACGAGGAGCUCAAUGGAAUUGUGUUGGAUGUGAGGAAUAUCAAAUUGGAAGGAGACAUGAGUCUCUUGAGGUAUGAUACCCCUGAGCUGCAUCUCACGGUUUGGGCAGAUUUCUACGUCUUCAAACCUCGGAUUGGAGUAACUCUGAGGGGGAUUGUGAAGCAUGUGUCCCAGAAACAUAUUUCUGUGCUGAUAUUCCGUGUGUUCAAUGUGUCCAUUAGGCUGAUCCAGGGCACCAGGAAGAAGAGGAUGCAAAUAGGAGAUGAGAUAUCAUUUAAAGUGAAGAAAUUCGAUUUACAAAAUAUUCUGCCCUACAUUGAGGGUGAACUCGUGAACAUGGACAGUGUGGACAGUGGGAUUAGUACUUCGGAGGAAAGGAAUGGGCCAAAGAGGGAAAAGAUGAUGGAAUCUGAAUCUGAUUCAUCUAGUUCCAGCUCAGAGUCAGAAGUUGAAGAAAAAGUGAAUGUUGGGAUUGUGAAGCAGGAGAAAAAGGAUUCUUCUGAUUCAGACGACUCAUCGGACAGUGAUAACGAUGGCCAGGAUUCAGCGAGAAUUGUUCAGAAAAUUAAAAAGGAACCAUCAAAGACACCAUCUCCGGAAAAGAGUAUACAUCGGAAACCACAAGGAAAAGGUCCUAAGAGUUCGGUUUCGUUUAAGGAUGAAACGGAUUUAAAAUUGCCUCCAAUUGAUAAGCAAAUUGAUGAACUUAUAAGUAGAUAUUCUCAAAGCAGUGAUACAGACGUAAGCUCCAGUCCAACGAGAAAGAAGAGAAAAACAGUGUUUAAGCCAAAUAAUGAUUUAACAAAGGAUAAAUCAAGUCCAAAACCAGCAUCUUCUGCAUAUCGCCCUCCAACGCCUAUUCCCAAGAAAGAUAAAUCCUUGCCCUCAGACUCAGACGAAGAAGAAAUGGAAGUCGAUGUGGAUAGUUCCAUUAGCAAUCUGUUAAAUAAAGUCAAACAAGAGAAUUCUAAUAAAAGAAAAACGAAAAAGAAAUCCUCCUGAAAAGAUAUUCUUCAAACAGUAAUAUCUGUUGAAGGAUAUCAAAAGAUGAAAAUGUUUCAAAAUCCUCAAAAAAUAGUAAAAUUUUGCAAUAAAAUUCUUGCUCAAUUAUA